UGUAAAAUAUGUGAAAAAUAAUGUGUUUUGCGAACAACCUAUUAUGAGAACCUGUUCUAGUAAAACCUCCAAAGCAAAAUGGAGACUUUGUAAAAGAGCAUAAUAGGGCCCCUUUAAAGCUGGCCCUGUACCUUUAAGAAUUUUUACAGUACUUCCGGGUUAGAGGGCUGAGCGGAUAAAUCCAAAACAUCUGAUGGCCUCCUUUGGCUGGAAACGUAAGGUGGGGGAGAGAGUUUCCAGGACGACAGUGCAGCAGUUUGAGAAGGACUCAGAGCAGGUGGUUGACGAGGAUGUGGAGGAGGAAAGAGUUGAUUGGCUGCAUGUCAUCAAACAGCGACGAGAGGUGCUGCUGGAGGAUUGUGCUGCUAAGAGCAAGAGACUAAAGGAUGAAGGAAUGCUCCUCGCCGAGGAGGGAAGGAACUGGGAGGCAUUGAAGAGGUGGGACGAGGCCAUUCAGCUCACACCAGACAAUGCUGUGCUCUAUGAGAUGAAGUCACAGGUGUUGAUCACCCUUCAAGAGGUGUUCCUGGCUGUGCAGUCUGCAGAGAUGGCCACCAGACUCCGCCCCCUCUGGUGUGAGGCGUGGCAAACUCUGGGCCGCACCCAGCUAAGUCUUGGCGAAGUAGAGCUAGCUGUACGGUCCUUCCAAGUGGCAUUGCACCUGCAUCCGUCUGAGCGCUCCCUCUGGGAGGAAGACCUAGGCUGGGCCUUACAGCUCCUGAAGCAACAAAAAGCUCUCCAUGAAAGAGCGAAACAGGAAGAUGAAGCCCGAAGGCUCCUUGUGGAAGCUCCUGAGCUGAAGAGCGAUUAUGAUUUUGAAAGCGAUGAAGUGAUUGAGGCUUGCACAACCAUGGCUGAUAGACAGAAAAAAUAUGAGGACUUAAAGAAAACAGUGGUUGUGGAUGCACGCGGGGUCGCCAGAGAGGUGAUUGUCGAAGAUGACCACAAACCCACUUCAUCCUCACAGUGUUGUUUAGUCAAGGCACGAGGACUCUGAAUGAAAUAGAGGCUGGAGAAAUUGUUGAAUAAAGUGGUUAUUUUUGUUUUCUUUGUGCACAAAAAGUAUUCUUGUUGCUUCAUAACAUUACGGUUGAACCACUGAUGUCACAUGGACUAUUUUAACAUUGUCCUUCCUUACAAAAUUUUGUGGGCCAGAACUAAACAUUUCAGAAGCGUUGAUAUCUUUGCAAAUUCAGAAAGCUCUCGGAUUUCAUCAAAAAUAUCUUAAUUUGUGUACUGAAGAUGAACGAAGGUCUUACGGGUUUGGAACAACAUGAGGGUGAGUAAUUAAUGACAGAAUUUAAAUUUUUUGGGUCGGCUAUCCCUUUAACAAGGUUACUAUUCCCAGUAAAUUUGUAAAGUGAGCACCAAAUCCCCAGAAGAAUUUGAAAUGCUUCUGGAUCAUUUUCACUCAAACGAGCAUAAAUUCCUUACUUAAGGAUUCUGUGGUUAUUUCAAUUUUUAGUGUGGCUAAACAUAACCUUUUAAGUUUCUAAAAUAGCAGAGCAAUCCCUUCUUAAUGUACACUCUUGAUUAGCAAUUUCACCAUUCCUAGUUGGCUUUUAAUUCAGUCCUGUUUUAUGUGAGAUGUGAGCCCUCACUUGGGACCCUAGGAUUGUUAUAGCAGUGUGAAUCACUGAUGAACUAGGGGUGGGUGGAUCAAUCUUAAUAUUGAUAGUAUCGAUACCAACAUUUGUAUUGGUAUCAGAUCGAUACCAGCCCGAUGAGGUUAAUUUUCUCUCCUCUAUGCUUAGUACAUUGCUUCUGCUUCAUCAAAGACUAGGCAUGUCUUUCUGUGUACAUACGCUGCUCCUUUUCCAUCUUGUAUGCACACAUUGCUCCUCCUUAUAUGGGAGGAAAAUGCUUAAUGUGAAACUUUGCAAACUGGCCUCAUAUUCUGGGCUUUUCUGCUUGUCUGUAAAUAGUAUUUUCACAUUAAGCGUUUUAGAAUGUCCCACUGAGACAGAAGUCUCUGGCAGAGUCCUUUCAGAAGGGCAAAGAAUAUCCAUGUAGCGAUGGUGAAUGUAAUAUUUUAGUGGUAACACUUUAGUAUAGGGACCAAUUCUCACUAUUAACUAGUUGCUUAUUAGCAUGCCUAUUAUUAACAUAUUUGUGGUUUAUUAGUACUUAUGAAGCACUUAUUCUGCUUGACCAUAUUCUAUAUCCCUAAUCCUACCCAAUACUAAACCACAUAGUUAAUGGUAUGUUAAUAGCAAGAAUUGGACCUUAAAAUAAGGUGUGACAUUUUAGUCAUAUAAGCAGUAUUUAUUGUUCAUUUUCAAAGUGUAAUCAGUUCAUUUAAAUGCAUGCUUUUAAAAGAAAAGUAUCUGUAUAAGAAUUGGCGAUACUGGUCCUGUAUUUACUUGGUAUCAGAUCGAUCACCCACCCCUAUGAUGUACCAGGACUGAGUGGGAAGAACAUGACACACACACACACACUUGCUCUAUUAUCUAUCUACAGACUUUUAGAAUUUAGUUUUACUUAAAUGAAGUAGUAGUAAUGCAGUCAUGGGUUAAAAUGUCACACAGAAGAGGAGAUAUGCAGGGAGCAAUAUUUUAGUUAUUAUGGUUUAUUAUAGGAUUACUGUAUAUAAGGAUUUUAUCAGCUUGGUUCCUUGGUGAGAAAUCUCUGGAAAAUAUUCAGCUCCAGGACUCUGUGAAGUUGGUAUCACCAGUUCCAUUCUGAUUGGCUGUGUGCUACACAACCUCAGGAAGUCAAAACUUCUGGGUUCUCAGGCUUUCAUUAGACAGUACCAGGCUGCUGCAAUGAGUGUUAACAAGGGUGAACUAGUCUCUGGAUUUGGCAAAAUCUGUUUCAGAGGUAAGAGAAUCAUUUCAAUCUUUCUUCUUCAUCGCAAUGAUCAUCUUCUCGCUGGACUCCAAAGAAAGAAGAACAAUGACACCUGCUAUUCUUUCUCAGUGCCUCUCCAUCCGGCGACUUCAAAAAGCAAAUGUUCUGCUAAUUGGGCAACUUCCAUUGGAAUUUGACUCAUAAUGUUGUGUCGUGAGUGUGGCACAUUCAGGGCCAGCCCUUCAUGCCUCUGACCAGCACAGAGGCAGUGCUCACAGAGAAAGACUGCCCUCAUUGUGAGAGCAUGAGUCUUGCUACACUCACAGAUUUUCUUUCUUUCACGCCCCCUACUUUUGCUUCCUCUGCCUUUACCUCCAUUGAUGGCGCUGAGCAAAAGGGCUAUGAGAAGCACCCCCCUCUCAAAGAGGGCAUCAUGGCACAUCUAUGCUCACCCACGGGUAGAAAAAUUCUGAUGAAAUGGCACUCGCCUUUGACUUGUAUAGGCAGUUGGCCCUGCCUGUUUUGGCAGGCUGAAAUGCCAUUUGUUCGUGCAGCUUCACGAACAUUAACCAAUCAGGCUUCAGUAUUCAGAGAAAACUGAGUUUUCCACUAGGCAGUGCUCGUUCCUGUUAUCUCAUGGCAUCAAGGUUACGUUAGUAACCAAGGCAUUUUCUGUGUAAACUAUAC